GCAAGGCGGUGGAGCCUCCCAUGGCCCUCGACCUGAACGACUGGGCGGUCUCGAUCGCCCCGGCACCGAAGAAGCUACCCAACGGCGAUUUCGAGUCUUCGGUGUCCCUCCAUUCCACCGUGGACGCCGAGAAGAGGUGGGUUGCUCUCCGUCGGCAGAAGGAGCCGCUGGCCAUCACCGCCAGCGGAGUGGUACAUCAAUUCGGCGAGACGGAGGCCGCCAUGAAGACCAACAUCGCCCAGCUGGACGCCACAGACGGAUACGCGUCAUUCGUGCGCAUCACGGUCCACGGGGCUGAUGCGCUGUUGGCGAAUCCAACCGUCAAAGAUGCAUUAUGCAGCCAGUUCGGCGGUGCAGCGCCGAUGGCCAACAGCUGUCAGAGUCAGAGAGACAUCAUGGGCAGCGCGGCAAAUGAGAGGCGGAAGCACGCGAGACGCUCCGACAGCAAGCGGUCGCUCGAGGCGGGAAUCCGAGAGGUCACCAAGUCCGUUAUGAAUGCCACGUGCCCCGAGAUCGGGACGCUGGACGAGCCUAGCAGGCUUCUGCGCGCAGGCGGCCAAGUCGGCUGGCGCGCGCGGGGGCCAUCAUCACCAUCAGGAAAAGCCAGGGACAACUUGUUGCAGAAGCAACGGGGCCAUCAGCGGAUCAUGUUCACCUCUCCCUACACCGGCGCCGAAUCCGACAUGCAAGAGAAAGACAAGCAGCGGGCCCAGACGGUGCCGUUCAACCAAACAGUUCCCAUGCAGGACGCCUGCGCCAUGUCUAAAUCGCGCGAGGCUGCCCUGGGCGUUGCUAAGGGCGACCGCGGCUCGUUCGGAUUGCGUCUGCUACGCGAACGCCCAGAGGCCGCGGCCGCGGCCGCAGCGGCGCGACGCCCCGACAUCGCGAUGGCCAGCUUUGACCCCGACGGGAGGGCCAACUUCACCAUCGGGUGCUCCGACACGGGGUCAUCCAACAACUCCUGGAAGUCCGGCGCCGCCAAACCAUGGGUCGUCACGGACGUUGCCCCAGGCGCUGAAGCAGCCGCCAAUCGGAUCGACCCUGCAGCGGGCCCCGCAGUGGUGCUCGCCGCUGCGACGCAGUCGAAACCACCGCCACCUCCAACGGGCAGUGCGCCAGCGCCCACAGCUACUGCAACGCCGCUGUGGCCGGCAGCGCCACGGGGCAAGCUGGCCGCUGCGCCGGCUGCGCCGAGGGCGGACGGAGACCUGGUGGAGGCGGCCGACAUGAAGGUCGCGAAGAAAUCCAUCGCUCCGCAGGAGUCUAGUGCAGCCGCGCUGGGCGAGAAGGUCAACGCCGCCACCGCGCAGACGCAGACGGCCAUCGCCGAGCUCAGGCAGCAGAACGCCGCCAUCAACCAGGUGACCGCGACUAACCAGGCCUCGCAGCACGAGGGCCCUUCGCCGAUCCUGAACAACAUGAACCUCCAAAUGGAG